AUUAGAAAAUAAUAAGAAGAGAGAAAGAAGGGUUAAAUGUUUAAUUUCAAAUUUAAUUUUAAUUUUUUCUGACUACUAGUUCCUUCAUUGUUCUGUCUAGGUUCUCCCUCAGGAAUGGCACUAACCAAAGUUAGGUAUCUGUUUGCUACAGCUUUCAAACUAUAUCAACCCAUGGUAACACAAUGUGAAAAGAUCCAUACUAGCUGCAGGAACCAAGCUUCUAACAAUGAUGAUCACCCUACACAUUGGAUGGAAUACAACCAGAAAAUUUACCCUCCACAAACUCCAGAUGAAGUACCAAGAUUAGCUUAUGUUUGCCACCAAAGAACAAAUAUUAAGUACAGCCCUUUGAAGAUGUGGUAUGUUGCUAGCUUCAUCAGGGGGAUGUCUGUAGAUGAAGCAAUCAAGCAGCUCAAAUUCGUGCUAAAAAAAGGUGCCAAAGAUGUAAGAGAAGUAUUAGAAGAAGCUAAAGAAAUGGCAGUCAAAGAGCACAAUGUGGAGUUUCCAAGUAAUAUGUGGGUUGCUGAAUCUUUUGUUGGCAAAGGAAGAGUCAUCAAAGGUAUAAGGAGACAUGGUAGGGCGCGGUUUGGUAGAGUAGAAUACAAACAUUGUCAUUAUUAUGUCAGAUUAGAGGAAGGUGCUCCUCCUAAGCAUUAUUAUUCACCAUUCCCCCAACAACCCCAUGAACAACUUGAAGACUGGUUGGCAGCAAUGAGGAGAAGAAAAAUCACAAACUCACUAUGAGUAUUUCAAUAAUAGUUUUAUUUUACCUUAAUAUAUUAAUAAAUAAAUAUUGGUGAAAAUAUAACAGAGCAUUGUUUAAUUCCAUCAAGUGCUACUGAAUAAAUAUGUUAAUAAUUCUGGUUUGCUCAUUUCUCUCUUGUACUUUUGCACAAUUUCCUGAAUUUUUAUUCGUCUUCUUAGAUGUGGAGGUUGAUAACUG